UCGGGGCGUGCGGCCGGCGCUCGGGGCCGCGCGGCGCUGCGAGUCCGGCUCUCGGCGCUCACCGGGGUCCAGGCGAGCCCCGAGCGGCUCGGACCAAUCCAAAGCGAUUAUGCAAGACGGCGGACCAAUCAGCUCCGCCGGCUCAUGAAUAUUCAUAGGCUUGGCUGAGUCAAAGCUUUUAGGCGAGUUUGUGUAGAUCUCCAGCAUCAUGCUUAGACUUUUCAAAGAGACAAACUCCAUUUUCUUAUGAAUGGAAAGUGAAAAACCCUGUUCCGCUUAAAUUGGGUUCUUUCCUGUCCUGAGAAACACAACAGACCCCAAAAAGGCAAGCUGAAGAGAGAACACACACACAGACCAAGCGACAAGAAAUGACCAUGACUACCAUGCCAGAGAGUCUAAAUAGCCCCGUCUCAGGGAAGGCUGUCUUUAUGGAGUUUGGGCCGCCCAGCCAGCAAAUGUCUCCUUCUCCCAUGUCCCACGGACACUAUUCCAUGCACUGUUUACACUCCGCGGGCCACUCUCAGCCUGACAGCUCGUACAGCACAGCUUCGUCCUUCUCCCGACCGCUGGGCUACCCCUAUGUCAACUCGGUCAGCAGCCACUCGACCAACCCCUACAUCAGUUCAGUGCAGUCCUACCCCAACAGCUCCAGCCUGACUCAGACCCGGUUAGAGGAGACAGGGGCCGAAUCGGAGAAAAGCACUGUGGUAGAAGGAGGGGAAGUUCGCUUUAAUGGGAAAGGGAAAAAAAUCCGCAAACCCAGGACUAUUUAUUCCAGUUUGCAGCUGCAGGCUCUGAACAGGAGGUUCCAGCAAACUCAGUACCUGGCUCUCCCCGAAAGAGCCGAGCUCGCGGCCUCUCUGGGACUCACCCAGACCCAGGUGAAGAUCUGGUUCCAGAACAAGCGCUCCAAAUUCAAGAAGCUGAUGAAGCAGGGAGGGGCCGCCCUGGAGAGCAGCGCCCUGACCAACGGCAGGGCUCUCUCGGGCAGCUCGCCCCCGGUGCCCCCGGUGUGGAACACCACAUCCGCCUCCGGUAAGGCCUCGUCGGGGACCCCGGGCACCUACAUCCCCAGCUACACGUCGUGGUACCCUUCGGCCCACCAAGAAGCUAUGCAGCAGCCUCAGCUGAUGUGAUCGUACACCCGUCCAUCCCCUACCGCAAGCACUAUCGGUCCCGAAAAGAAUUAAAAUCAUCACGGAAAAAAAUGAAAUUAAGUAAAAGGAACAAAAAAAAAAAUUAAAAAGAGGGGGAAAGAGAAAGAGAGAGAGA